UUAGCACAACGACUUCGAAUGUCGUCUCUAUUGUACAUGUCAUAAAUUAUUAGUUUAGUGUUAUGGAUAGAAAUAAAAUGGACGUUAAUAAGACUGAGGCAGGUGUUAAGGUUAGAAGCAAGCCAAAUGUGUUUUCAAGUUUCUUUAUUUGUUGGGUGCUUCCAAUAUUUCUGAUUGGUAACAAGAGGGAUGUUGAAGAAGACGAUCUCAUAAUACCGAAUAAGCCGUACGAUUCGGAGGAUCUUGGUGAAAAGCUUGAACGGAAUUGGAUCAAAGAAUAUGAGAAAGCACUAAGAGAUGGCAGAGAUCCGUCGCUUUGGCGCGCUUUAAGCAACACAUUUUGGUUAGCGUACAUGCCCGGAGCUGUCUUGCUUCUCAUUAACACAAUAGCGAGGACCGUACAGCCGAUACUAUUUACACAACUGCUAACAUAUUGGUCUGUCAAUGCCGCGAUAACUCGAGACGAGGCUGGUUACUACGCGCUCGGAAUGCUGGCUUGUAACUUUGUCGGGUUCAUGGCUCAACAUCACAAUGGCCAAUUCGUAGGCCGGUUCAGUUUGAAGAUGAAAAUAGCAUGCUCUUCGUUAAUUUAUAGAAAGGUUUUGCGCAUGAGUCAGCUUUCCCUGGGGGAUGUGGCUGCAGGAAAACUAGUGAACCUGUUAUCAAACGACGUCGCAAGAUUUGAUCUAGCAUUUAUGUUCUUGCAUUAUAUAUGGCUAGUACCCCUGCAGUUGGGUAUUGUUAUGUAUUUCUUAUACGAUAUUGGUGGUUAUGCGCCAUUCGUAGGCCUAUUUGGGGUUAUUUUGUUAAUCCUUCCUAUACAAGCUACACUUACCAAGUACACGGCGACAAUAAGAAGGGUUGUAGCCGAACGGACAGAUAGAAGAAUAAAACUGAUGAGUGAAAUAAUAAGUGGAAUACAGGUUAUCAAAAUGUACGCAUGGGAAAAAUCAUUUCAAAAGAUCGUAACAGCGGUCCGAAAACACGAGCUGUCAGCUAUCAAAAAGUCGAUGUUUGUCCGAAGUGUGUUUUUGGGCUUCAUGAUGUUUGCGGAGAGAACCACGGUGUUCUUUACUGCACUCACUAUAAUACUCAGUGGUGGUAUCGUGGCCGCAACAGUGAUCUACCCCAUAAAACUAUUCUUAAGCAUCAUUCAAACAAACCUGACGUUCAUUUUGCCGCUAGCAAUAGCAAGUAUAUCCGAGUUGAACGUAUCAUUGGAGCGACUAAAAAACGUUCUUAUAAUGGAUGAACGAGACGAUCUUACUGUAUUGCCAAAAUCAGAAAACUCAUCGGAAAAACGUUUAGCAGUAUAUUCGAUUUCUAAUAAUAUUCCUAAGCUGGGCGUUAACAACAAUGACGUCAAAGAAAACGAAACAAGACUGUCGAUAUUGUCGGUUAAUUCACAAGUAGGAUUGGAAUUGAACAAUGUAUGUGCCACAUGGAGCAGGCCAAACGAUGCCAAUGACUUUCAGAUGACCCUCAAGAAUAUAUCACUUCGAUUACGUAAAGGAAAACUUUGUGCUGUUAUUGGGCCGGUCGGGUCGGGCAAAUCCACUCUUCUUCAAGUAAUCCUACGAGAGCUGCCCGCGUGUAAAGGAACUUUAUCGGUCAAUGGUAGCUUAUCUUACUCCUGCCAAGAGUCGUGGCUCUUUCCUGCCACGGUGCGGGAAAACAUUAUUUUCGGCCUUCCAUAUGAUAAAGAAAAGUAUAAAGAGGUUUGCAGAGUGUGUUGUUUGCUACCAGAUUUUAAGCAAUUUCCGUACGAUGAUUUAACGCUAGUUGGAGAACGCGGUGUACAAUUAUCUGGAGGGCAAAGAGCCAGAAUCAAUUUGGCAAGAGCUGUAUAUAGAGAGGCCGAUAUAUAUCUAUUGGAUGAUCCGCUUUCUGCAGUGGAUGCAAAUGUUGGAAGGCUGCUCUUUGAGGAGUGUAUUAUGGGAUAUCUCCGAGGGAAGACUUGCAUACUUGUAACGCAUCAGAUACACUUCAUAAAAGAUGUCGAUGUUAUUGUAAUUUUGAAUGAGGGCUCUGUAGAAAAUAUUGGAUCUUUCGACGAUUUGAUUAAAUCAGAAAAAGAAUUUGCCACGCUACUUUCAUCUCUGGGUGAUAAAGAUGAGCAGGAAAGCAAGAAUGAUGAUGUCAAAGUGGUAAGAAUUUUGCGCGGCACAUCAAGAGCCUCUGUCAAAAGCGAAGAUGCUUCAAAAAUAGAGAAAGAACAAGUAUUGGAAGCAGAGGAAAGAGAAAAAGGCAACUUGAAAUGGGAAGUUGUAUUCAAAUAUCUGAAAGCUGUGCAGUCGUGGGCUUGGGUCACGAUGGCAUUCAGCUUUAUCUUACUAAAUCAAGCCGGAGCUAUAUUUUGUGAUUACUGGUUAAGUUUCUGGACAAAUGAAGUUGAUAGAUACGAACAGGAGUUACCAGCUGGUGAAUCUCCAGAUUCAUCGCUGGAUGUACAAAUGGGCCCACUGACCACUGCACAGUAUCUCAUAGUGUUCGGAGCCACUAUUGCUUACCUGAUUGUUUUUACGAACGUUCGAAUCACCGGCUUUGUGGUGAUGGCCACGCGUGCUUCUCAAAACCUUCAUAACAAUAUGUUCAAGAAUUUAAUCUCAGCUCUAAUGCGGUUUUUUGAUACCAACCCGUCAGGUCGGGUCUUGAAUAGAUUCUCAAAAGACAUGGGCUCCAUGGAUGAGCUAUUACCCCGUAGCUUCCUAGAAAUGAUCCAGAUGUACUUGUUUGCUCUUAGCGUCCUUCUUCUAAAUGCUAUCGCCUUGCCCUGGACAUUGAUACCGACCAUCAUAUUGCUGAUCAUAUUCUUCUUGCUAUUCAGAUGGUAUUUGAAAGCCGCACAGGCUGUGAAGAGAUUGGAGAAUACGACCAAAAGUCCUGUAUUUGGCAUGAUCAGCUCAACCAUAACUGGCUUAUCCACCAUAAGAAGUUCCAAUUCGCAAAAUCGACUACUUAAAAUGUUUAACGAUGCACAGGAUUCAAACACAAGCGCUUUCUUCACUUUCAUCGGGGGCUCGUCAGCCUUUGGUUUAUAUCUGGAUGCAAUAUGUUUAGUAUAUCUAGCUGCUAUUAUUGCAGUUUUCCUGUUUAUCGAUUUAGGUGAAGCAAUCCCCGUUGGCAACGUUGGACUUGCUGUGAGCCAGUCCAUGGCAAUGACGAUGGUGCUGCAGAUGGCAGCUAGAAUUACUGCAGAUCUUUUGGCACAGAUGACGUCAGUCGAGAGAGUUCUGGAGUACACCAAUCUACCACCAGAAGAAAACAUGGAAGAUGGGCCUUCAAUGCCACCCCAAAAAUGGCCCACGGAAGGAAAAAUUUCGUUUGAAAAAGUGAACCUCCGUUACAGUCUUGAAGAGGUGCCUGUUUUAAAAGACUUGAAUUUCCAUAUUCAGGGGGGUUGGAAGGUGGGUGUAGUUGGAAGAACUGGUGCCGGUAAGUCUUCUCUUAUAGCAGCCAUAUUCAGACUAGCAAGCGUAGAAGGGAAGAUUAUGAUAGAUGGCAUUGAUACCCAGGAUGUUGCCAAAAAUGUGUUACGGUCGAAGAUAUCAAUAAUUCCACAAGAGCCGGUGCUUUUCUCUGCUUCUCUGAGAUACAAUCUAGACCCGUUUGACAGCUACAGUGACGAUGAGAUUUGGAGAGCGUUAGAACAAGUGGAACUAAAAGAAGCCGUUCCUGCGUUGGACUUCAAAGUUUCGGAAGGUGGCUCAAACUUCUCAGUGGGUCAGCGACAGCUCGUCUGCUUGGCACGGGCUAUCUUACGAUCUAAUCAGAUUCUAAUCAUGGACGAAGCCACUGCCAACGUUGACCCGCAAACUGACGAGCUGAUUCAAAAAACAAUACGACACAUAUUCUCCUCCUGUACAGUUCUAACGAUAGCUCACCGCCUGAAUACAAUUAUGGACUCCGAUCGCGUCUUGGUCAUGAACAAAGGCGAGGUUGCGGAAUUUGAUCAUCCCUACACAUUGUUAUUGAACCCCAACAGUUUAUUUAGCUUCAUGGUCAAUGAGACUGGUGAUAGUAUGAGCAGAGUUCUCUUCGAAACAGCUAAAGCGAAAUAUCAAAGUGAAAAUACGGAGACCGUAGCAGCGGAAGACAAGAAAACAUUAUGAUAAUAUAUGACUUAGUUGGAAUAUAGUUUUUCUUCAGUAUUAUCUUCAAUUCUGCCGCAUUCAGUACCAAAACUAAGGCUGAAUUUAUAUAUGUUUUUUUUAUAUUCAUUGAUUGUGUGUUAGUCUUUAUUUAAUUGUUUGCACACAAAAUUAUUAUAUUAUAAGGCAAAGACAUUUAAAAAGAUAGACCAAUCAUAACUCGGCCGCUAAGCUUUCACUGCAGCGGUCAAAUUACCUCUACUAACAACAUGACAUCUGAUAUGCGUUCAGUCGAAAUGUGACAAAAAUGCCUGUUUUGUUGUAUAAAAAUCAAUCUGUUGUUCAAAAUAAAGCUAAGCUGCUUUGAAUACGUUUUAUUUUUUAAAUCGCUGAAGUACUUGGCAAUACGGAGCUCAGAUUGCCAACAUAUCAUUAAUACAAAUCUAUGUCGCAAGGUCAGGUGAUCAACCCGUUCACAGAGUACUGGAUCCCCGAAAGCUCGAGCAGCUCUGCGUGCAGCGUUCAAUUGGUUUGAGCUGAUACUGGGGUGCGCCAGACCAGAGAUGACAGCAGUACACCUGAUGUGGCCGGACGUGCGGUUUAAAGACAUUUUAAGAGAUAGACCAAUCAUAACUCGGCCGCUAAGUUUUCCCCGCAGCAGUCAAAUGACCUCUACUAACUUGGCACACGUUCAGUCAGUCAGCAUUCAGAUAAGGACGGUGCAACUCGAGACGAAAAUCGACAAAACUUUGUGAUAUAAAAAUCGAACACUUCAAAACAAAGCUAACUGCAACAUUACCUAUUAUCGGUGAGAACAAUUGACUUAGUUUACUUAAUAAAUAUAAAUAUUAAAUCGUAUUUAAAUAAAGUACUUUUAAAGUAUUAAAACGCUUGUAAUUGUACUUUGUUUAUAUUUUUUCAUCUGCAGCCCCCCAAAAAAGAGAUAAAAACAAAGUUACAAUUACACGCGUUUUAAUCCUUUAAAAAGUUUCAAUAAUUGUGGAUAAUGCAUGCAUGCAUGAGAGUUGUUCUUGGCAUUUUACACAGCACAAUUAUAGAAAUUGGUUGUUUAAUAUAAAGGGCAUGGACACAUUUUUUAGUGGGAAGCGAUAUGAUUGGUUAAUUUAGAUCGCGUCAUGCACGCCACGCCCCUAUCCCGCAAGAAUUGGUUGACGCUGAACAUCAUAGUAAUAUUUUGUAUUGUCAGUCUAAUCUGUUUAAAUGUUUUUGUUAUAAGGUAUCAAAUAUACUUAUGAGAUUCUAACAUAAUAAUUGAAUAAUAAAAAAAAAAACAGUUGUAAGCAUCGAAACUAAAUAUAUCGUACGUUAAAUAUAUCUGAAUAUUUGAGGCCAUGAUGUAUAGAAUUAAAAUUAAACUGCUAAAAAAGAA